AUGGAUCUCGAUAAAUUAGAUGAGAUAUUAAACUGUAAACAUUUGCUUUUAAUAUAAUCGAUAUAAGUUUACCAUCCUUUCGAUAAUUAAUAUUUAUUAAAAUCCGAUUAAAAUCCGCAUCAACGCUUGCCAAAACAUUAAAGUUAACAUUAAAAAGAAUCACUAAAAUAAUCAAAAUUCGUAAUUUCUCUCGGAUAUUUUACGGACGUAAAACAGCGUGUUUCAAUCAAAAUCCAGUUUUUCGUAAGAUGUAAAAACAAAAGCUCGUACAAUCCAUUGUAUUACAAAGUUUCUCUAUUCUUCUUUUUCUUUUUUUAUUUCAAUAUCUCUGAUGGAAAUUUUACAGUUUAAUCGCCAAUAGUUCCAGCGUUGAACUUACAGUUGAAACGAAAGGUUCGAGUAUGGUGUCGACACGACAAGGCAAGGGGAUGUCUUCGAAUUUGUCGUUCGCACGAAAUGGAACGAAAGAAACUCGACGGGCAAAAAAAAAAAAAAAAAAAAAAAAAAAAAUCAGGAAACCACAAUUCCGUAACCGGGUUAAGCAGAGUCUAUUUGUCGACGUUCCUAUCCGCGCGACGUUUUUCUUCGCCGUUACCCAUUAGCGCAAAAUCGUGGACCGUCCCUCGGCCUCGCUCUCUCACCCUUUCUCUUCUCUCUGUCUGCCGCUCGAGUUCGAGCACAAUAGCGCGUGGAUACGCGGCUGGAGAAUGUGCUUAUAGGAAAACCAUAGCCUCUGGUACGUACAAAAUCAAUGGGCCGUGAAACGAGGCUAUUAAACGGUUGAGUCAAGCACCGAUGAUCCAAGUCCGACCAAGCUUGUCCCUUCUCAUCGUGUUCGCCGCGGGCAUCAAACAUCGCGGACUCGGUUAUCGACCGAACCGUUUAAUCAGCUCGAACGACCGAUCCUUCUAACUCUUUCGCACACGUACACACACACAUACAGACGCGAAAAGAAAGAAAAAAAGGAAGAAAUCCACGAUCUAUGUCUUUGUUACAAUGCCUUGAAGCUCGUCGCUUACCUCGAUCGCUUCUCGUUAUUUCCAUCGUGUCGGUCGUGUCGUUCCUUCGGAGUGACGAGCAUUUUCGUAUUUUAUUUUCUGUCCGCGGGAGAACGGAAUUUUAAAAUACGGCGCGUCAAGUAAUACCGGAGGUAAUUAAAGUUCGGACGUAUUAAGACGCAUUAAGACCGGAAGGUGGACUCCGCUUUGUGCCUGUGUGCGGGCACGUUUUCACGAACGCGGCUCGCCACUUCGUCGCUAAUCCGCCAUCUUCGCGGUCUGAAUUUUCCUUUGUACGAUACGGGGCUGGCACCCGCGUUUAUUGUUCGCCGAGUAAAGGAUACAGCUCGGCAGGCAAGUUCAGGGAGGCGUUCAGGCUGUUCGACAAGGACGGGGACGGAAGCAUCACGAAGGAGGAGCUCGGCAGGGUGAUGCGUUCGCUGGGACAGUUCGCCAGGGCGGAAGAACUGCGCACGAUGCUGCAGGAGAUUGACAUCGACGGUAAGCCAAAAUCCAAAAUAAAAGAUCCAAAAUCCAAAAUUUAA